AUGGCCUCGACGGCUGUUUUCCUGUGCGGAUCCCUCGGCGGCAUGUCCGUCGUCCUCAAUUUGUUCGUCAUUUCCGCCCUGUUGAGGUUUUUACUCGGUUUUCCUGUUUCAGGUUGAGGAUAUAAACCUUGAAGUUGGAAUAUCAAAGUAUUUAACGGUCAAAUUGAAUGUUCAUCCAAACUCAGUAUAAAAAAACCAUUUUGCAGUCAUUAUACAUUCCAAAUUUACCAACUUUCUAUAAGUUUUUUUAUCGAAACUCUUCAAAAAGAUCUAAAAAUUUUUAAAAAAAGCCGUCAGAUUCAGACCAGACUGUAUUGUGAAAAUUUUGAACUUGAAUUUUUUUUUUUUAGCUUUUUUUUUCAUUGGACGAAAUCAAAAACCGAAAACAGAGGUUUUUUCCGCCUUCCAUGAUUUUUUUUCGUGGAUGUUCGAAAAUUUCUAGUGGUCCCUCGAGGGUUUUGACUUUCUAGUGGCCGCUAGAUUUUUCCCAGCUAGUAGAAAGUUUAGCCAACUUAAUAGUCAAUUUAUCAUUUUCUUGACUAUAUGGUUUCUCUGAAACAGUAAUGACAUCAAAAACCGAACACUUUUUCCAGACACCGACAUCGGGUCCUGUCCAACGUUUUCUACGUCAUCGUCCUGCACUGUGCCAUUUUGGACGUCGCUCGAGGAGUUUGCCUUAUUGUUCGUUCAUUAAUUAUCUUACCUAACUAAUCAUUAACCUGGUUCAAUAUCUCCCACCCACACCUUUUUCAACGCUAAAUUUAGCCGGAAAUGACGUCUAAACCUCUCAUUUUCGCACACUAUUUCACUCGUUUACUAAGCCAGUGGUCAAUGAACUAUGCCUAUAUUCAUAUUUUUUCAGGUCUACGGGUUGCCGCACUUUGCCAACACAAUCUACAAGUUGAAUUUGUCGAUUACAACGAGAAUCGCUUUAUUUCGGGUAAUUUUCCAAUUUUUCUCUAGUGCGCUCGACUUUUUACGGCUUUUCGUUCAGUAGUGAGAGAAAAGACUGUUAGAAAUGAAAGAAAAGUCAUAGAUAGUCGGGCAGUUAAUUUAUUCCAAGUUGAACAAUUUUUUUUUUAUAAAUGACUUCACUGUUUCUGAAAAUUUAUAUGUAGAUUACAUUAUAUGGAAGUUUGAUUUUCGUCCAUUAAACAGUAAUGAAAAAAGGAAAUUUAAAAAAAUAAAAAUCCCCCGACUUAAAACGACUUGCGCCCUUCGACACCGACGCAACUGGGGAAAUAUCUAGUAGCCACUUAAGAGUUUCCUUAAGGGCUACUUAGAGAGGACACGGCCACUAGAACCACUUAUAAACAAGCUUCUAUUUUGCGUCUUAGUGACCAUUAUAGUAGUUUUUAGCGGUCUAGUAGUACCACUCAAGCUUCUGAAGAGGCCACUAUUUUUAAGCCACUUAAAUGACCACUAAAUCGACCGCUAUAGUGACCUCUAAAGUUCACAUCGCAACGCGAACCGCACUCUGAGCCAUUCCAAGUGCGACCGAUAUCAUUUUAAAAGCAGGAUUUUUUUUUUGAGAAGAUUAUUUCAGGGCUCCACAUUCGCCUUGGUCGUGCUACGGAUCUGCAACCUCCUCACGAUUUUCAAUUUGUUGGUUUUCACAACGAACGAGUUCAUCGUGAUACGGUAUCCGCUGCACUAUCGACGGUAUUUUCGACGUCGGGCCGUUCUCGUCAUUUUGACUUGCUGGUAACUAUUAUCGAAAUGAACCUUUUCAGACCUUAAUUUAUAAAACUAAGCCGAAACGGGAGAAUGAUCUUUAGAGUCUCUUCAUAAGAAAAAAGUAGCGAAAGCUUUAAAAGCUCAAAAAACACUAUUUUGACCAUUUUUUCCAUAAAUAGUUAAUUUACCUUGUAGCCCAACGUUCAAUCAAUAUUUAACUCCAAAAAACCCGAAGAAAUCACGUUUGAUUCCCUUAUUAUAAUAAGAUAAACACAACGCGGCAUUUAAAUAAGAACAGAGAACCUACCGUAACCCCAAGUCACCCUCUCCGUUUGCGCUACGAGACCCACUGCCCCAUAUUUCGCACUCUUCUUGGAUUAUUUUAAGAAAAUCUCUGCAUAUUUUUAAGGCUUCUUCUUCUGAUUUGAUAGAUACUAACUGAUUAUAGAAGCUGUUUUGAGGAAAAGUUGGUAAUAAUUGAUUUUUUCAAGUUCUAAUGACGUUUCAGUGAAUGUAAAAUUUCUAUUCUUAAAUUUCAGAAUCUCCUGGUCUUUUUUGGUAGUCACUCAAGUUUUAAAUUAACAGUUGAACGUUUCAUUUUGCAAAAAAGUAUAUUAGGUUCGAAAAAGUAGCCGAAAACUGCUGAAAAGCGUCGAUUUUGCCAUUUUUCUCCACUUUUGGGCAUUAUUUUCAAGAAAACGUUAAUUUUUGUGAUCCCCCUAUGCUUGAUUGAUGCAUUGUUAGAAAAAAUUCGGCAAAAUAACGUCUAGUUUUCUUAUUUUAAUGCAAUAUAUAAAGCGCGGCGUUCACUGAACGAAAAACGAGAAAGCGGAGGCUACCGUAAUCUUAAGCCCUGUUGUUCAUUUGCGCUGCGAGACCCUCAUGUUUUCUCUUCUCAUGGUUUCUAAAUUAUUAUAAGGAUAUGUAUCCAUACUUUCAGGUUUUUUUCUACCAAAAUCUGAAAGAUUUUUUUAUAUUUUGAAAAUGUUGCUUUAAAAAAAUUAUUGAUACUGAUUAAUCUUUGUAGGUUAAGAAGUCAUUGACUGAAUAGAUUUGUUUAUUUCAAUUUUUGGAAGUUCCAGAUGAGUUUAGAUUCUUUUCAAAUUUCGAAAUUGACGGUAGAGUAACUGGUUCCAGAAAAAAAAAACAGCAUUAAAAAGCCUGAAAUUUGCUAUUUUUCAUAGAUGUUUUUUUAUGCUACAAGCAAAUUAUUUGGAUUUCUUUUAUUUUUCAAACAAAAUAAUCUUUUUCGCAAAUUAUCUAGGUUAAAGUUACUGUUUCAAAUAAUUGCCGUAAUAAUUUGCGAAACAACGAUAAUGUAUAUUCUGUUUCCGCCCCCGAUUAAAAAAAAAAGGAUUUUAUAGUUAGGGUCCGCAAGCCAUUUCUUCAGAACGAUUCAAAAAAAUAUGUUUUUCACAUUGUUCGAUAGAGGAGACUGUCCAUUUUCAUAAUCCGUUUAGUUUUUGAAAAAAGGUCCACUAAGAAAAAAGUUAUGGCCAAAAAACGAGCGCGCGCGGCGUACAACUGGAGGCAAAAUCUCACGGUUUACCCGCUGCCGCACGCUUUCUUUUUAAAUGUUUUUGCGCGUUUCUGGACCGUUUUCAAAUUGGUUUUCUGUUCUGAGAGGUUGUCCGACUUGAGCCUCAUGUUUUUGGUAUGAAUCUUUUUGUACAAUCCUCAUAAGAAUUUUUUUGAUAAAAUAUCAAAAAAACUACUUAGAAAAAAAGGUCAGAAGGAAUUUUUCAGCUUAUUUUUUUCUUUUUUUCUAAUCAGAAAAAAAUUAUUAUCAUUCGAUUUGGAAGAAAGAAAAAAAAUGAAAAAAAUAAUGUUAUUUCGAAAUAAAACAGGAAAAAUGUGCAAUUUGACUCCAAAAAAACGGCUCCUGCAACAUUUAAAAGUGCGCAUCGGUGUGUUUGACGCAAACACAGCUACGAAUGCUUGCACGAAUUCUUCCAAAAUUUCAAAAAAAAUUGCCAUUUUUUCGAGGUUUUCAAAGCCGUUAUUUUUUUCGCGUCGAUCGAUUUUUUUCAUAAUUUUCUCAUUGAUAGAGUUUUGAACGCUUAAUAACCUGAUCAAAAAGUAUAGACGCGAUCCUAUUCUCUCAUGCGUCAACGAGGCAGACGAAAAAAAGGAGGUUUUGGUAAAACUCAAAUAUAAUUUGAUUCGCUGUCCCAAUAAUUAUUUUUCAUUUUGAAUUUUUUUAUUUUUUUGGACACACUGUUAGUUUUUAAAAUCAAAUAAGAAGUAUACCAUGUCGCUGAAAUUUUUUUCGCAUUUCAACUUCAAAGUUUGGUGUCACUUUACAAGCUUCGAUUUUUCGCGUCGUUAGAUUUUUUUAAAAUUUCCACUCAAAAAAAUAAAGAAAGUGUUAAUAAGUAACAUACUCAAAAUUUGGAAGCGAUCCUCACUUGCAUUUUCUGAAACGCGACGAUUUUUGUGAAACUUGUCAGUUUUUUUCGUGUUAAAUCUUACUUUUUUUCGCUUAUUUUUUUGAAAAAAACAUAGUUUUUUUAAAAUAUUCAGUCUUGUAGAGCGUUGUCGAUUACAUAGAUUAACAGAAACAGUUCAUUUUUUAAAGUGGGACUUUAGCUAGUAUAAACGCCUCAAAACCGUUUUUUUGCAACAAAAAAAUCGUCAUUUUUGGUGGCGGGAAGGGGCGAGGGCUUUGCGCCCCCUAUUUAUAGUCAACCUAUUUAAAAAGCUCAUUUUCCGCUCCUAUUCUUUUUUUCAAAUUCUGUACUGGUUUCUUUCGUUUUUGCAUUAAAAAAAUAGUAGAAUAGGUACAAAAAGCUUUCAAAAUGUCAUUUUCACAAUAUGGUUUUUAUUUUUUUACAAAUUUUUUUGAAAGUUUCUGAUGAGUUUAGAUAUUUUUUUCAGAGUUUAAAGUUGACUGUAGAGUAACUGGUUUCAGAGAAAAAGAAAUUGCGUUGAGAAAGCAGCAUUUUUAAUAUUUUUGGGAUCGAUUAAUUUAAAAAAAUAACUUUGGAGCAUCUAAUUUUUCGAUCGGACUUCUCUCAAAUUUCAGUCCGAAGUGAGCUCUUUGAAGAAAUUUAUGAAAAAAAUUAUGUCAUCUUUUUUUGCAAAUUAUCAAGAUGAACUUACUGUUUCAGAUAUUUAUCUUAAUAGUGCGCGGAUAAUAUUCAGUCAGAGCCGGUACAAGAUUUUUAAAAAAAGUUGAUUUUAUGGGUUUUUUUCAAAAUAAGCUUUUUUUCUUUUAUUUUUUUACUUUAAAGCACAUAUUUUCCCCUUUUUCCUACACAUAAAAAAUUUGAUUUGAAAAAAAGGCGAAUUAUUAUCGUUUCCCAAUGUCCCGUGAACACGAUCAGGUAAAAAACCAAACGAAUCCACCUUUAGUUUUCUUAUUUUAAUGCGGAAUAUGAAAAAAAUUAAGAAAAGAAAGCUUUACCGUACUCCCAAGCCCGCGUUCCGUUUGCGCUUCGAGACCCAUCAACUUCCUUUCGCAUAGUUUUUGGAUUAUUAUAAGAACACCCGAGCUUAUUUUGCCCUUUUCCUCAUCGAAACGGAAGUGAUUCAACAAUUUUCGAACAAAACUUUGCGAAAAAUUUGCUAAUAAGGUUUUUUUCAAAGUCAUAUCGGCUUUUCACAGAAUUUACUUACCUUUUUUUCAGACUUUUCAGAUUUUUAGAUAAACUUUUCUAGUUUCUAUAAAGCGAAAUAAACAGUAGAUGAAUUGGCUUGAAAAAAAAUACAUAGACCAUAAAAAUAAGCUGGAAACGCCUAAAAAUUACUGUUUCGUGUCAUUUUUCGCAAUUUCUAGUCAUUUUUUCCAGUAAAACGCUAAUUUUUAAUACUUCCCAAAGCUGAAACUACUCAUUUAUGCAAGAAAAUCCGUUUAAUUAGGUUUAGUUUUCUUAUUUUUAUAAUUUGAAGUACGCACUAGAAAUUAGAGGAAAGAUAGACUACCGUACACUCAAACCUUCUCUCGCCUUUUCGUUGCGAGACCGAUCCUUUUUCUUUUCAUAUUGUUUUCUAAUUAUUAUAAGAAAAUAAUUGCAGUUCUUUGCGCUUUUUUCAUUGAAUCUGAUAGAUAUUAUCUGUUUAUAAAGGCUUCUUUGAAGGAAAUUUGCUAGUAAGGGGUUUUUAAACAUAUUUUCGGCCUUUCACGGGAUUUACUUGCUUUUUUUCAGACUUUUCAGAUCUUGAGAUAAAUGAUGCUUUUUUUCCCAGUGAUAAGGUGAACAUUAAAGCGAUUGGCUUGAAAAAAAGUACAUAGACCUCUAAAAUAAGCUGGAAACGCCUAAAAAUUACUGUUUCGUGUCAUUUUUCACAAUUUCUAGCUAUUAUUUCCAAUAAAACGCUAAUUUUUUAAUACUUCACAAAGCUGAAAUUAAACAUUUAUGCAAGAAAUUCCGUUAAAUCACUUUUAGUUUCCUUAUUUUUAUACAAUGAACUACGCACUAGAAAAUGGAGGAAAGAGAGCCCACCGUACACCCAAGCUUUCUCUCGCCUUUUCGUUGCGAGACCCACCCUUUUUUCUUUUCUUAUUGUUUUCUGAUUAUUAUAACAAUAUACUUGCGCUUUUUUGCGCUUUUUUCUUUGAAUCUGAUAGAUAUUAUCCGCUUAUAAAAGAUUCUUUAAAGGAAAAUAGCUAAUAAUUCAUUUUUCUACACAAAAUAGGCUUUUAACUUAAUUUUAUCAUAAAUUUUCAGGCUUUCAAAGUUUUUCUUAAGGUAUUUGUCCGUUAUUUGAAGUUCAAUUUCAUUAUUUGAUUGUCUCGCUUGAGAAAAAAAUAGGAUAAUAAUUCGUAAACAUAGCCAAAAAAAUGUUUAAAAAUUGCCGUUGUUGCUAUUAUUGUUCGUGUGUAGUCAUUAUUUUCAAACAAAGGCUAAUUAUUAUCAUUCCUUAAAGUUUCAUGAGCAAAUAUUGACAAAAAAUUCCCGGAAAUACCUUGUAGUUUUCUUAUUUUAAAACAAACAUGAAACGCGACGUUCAUUCUAGAAAAAGGAAGCCUACGGUACCCACAAGUUUCCCUCUAUAUUUGCGUUGCGAGACCCGCAAACCUCGAUGGCUUUUUGUUUUGGAUUAUUAUAAGGACAGUCUUGAGAUUUUCUGACAUUUUUUCAUUGAGAUGUUUAGAUGUUGGAAUUCUCUAUGCAAUGCUUUCAGAUAUUUCUAAGAAAUUCAUAUUUUCAGCCAUUAAAAAGUCGCUUUUGUGAAUAUAAUCACAUUAAUCUAUACUUUCCAAAGACUUCGGUGUUUCUUUUUGGUUUUAAAAACUCUACAAAUGAAUUUGUUUGAAGUUUACAAAGAAAAAAAUGAGAGAAUUUACGAAAACCAGAUUUUGUAGUGCAAAAUAUGGAUUUCUGCUCAUUUUUUCUCACUUCUCGUAAUUUUUAUCGGUAAAAAGAGAAUUCUUGUUCGAUCAAGAUGUUCAAUUUAACAUCAUGAUCAAAAAUUUCAUCAAUAUUUGUUUUAUUUUUCUUAUUUAAAAACAAAAGCUAAAGCACUUGAAUCGCACGAGAAAUCGGAGAGGGAGAGGCUACCGUAACCUUAGGUCUGCCCUUCAAGUUGCGCUUCGAGACCUGCACGCCUUGCUAUGCCAUUGAUAUUGAAGUUUUUUAUCAAAAGUUUUCUUUUUCAUUCUUUUUCAUUGAUAUAAAGACGCUUUUUGAAUGUUAUCCUUUCCUCCCUUUAAGUUGUGGCUUUUUCAGUUGGAUAGUCAGUAUCGUGAUGGGUUGCGGGCUCCUUAUCCCAUCUUCUGCUUCGAAUCCAACGAUGAGAAGGGAACAUGGUAAUUUUAUAAAAUAAAAAAAUUAAAUAGAAAAAAAGUAAAAAUUUUUUUCAGACGGGGACUGGCAAAUCGAUCUGGCCACGCUAAGCUUGUUGAUGAUCUCCGUUUUGUGUUUUUUUGGUCCUCGGAGUCGUCGUCGUUAGUUUUUAAGAUUUCAGAAAAAAACUUGAAGAAAACAUUAUGCUUUGAAAAGGGAUUUUUAGAAACUUUUUGAAAAAAAUUGACUUAAAUGACAUAUGCUCCGAUACGGCAGCCAGGAAAGUUUCGAAAAAUAAGUUUAUGAAUUUUUCAAGAACUUUCCGAAACGCCAAAAUGUCCCCAAAUCCUGAAUAAUAUCACAAUACCACAAUGAUCAAAUGAACUAAAAAUGUUAUUCAUUCUCAUUUUGAUGCUUUCUGAAACAGGGAACUGAUUUUGAGCAAAAAUAAUUUUCAAAAGGGAAUUUGUUUCUCUUCCAGGUCUGCUACGCCUUCAUAUUGCGGACGAUUCGAAGGUUCAAGGACGAAUCGGGAACGCUGAACAACGAGGAAAGCCAUCGCAUUCAUAAUCGAUCGCUCCAUCGACAAGUCAAUAAUCAGAAUUCCAACUGUUCCAGUGGCAGUCGGUCAGUUUUCAGAGAAAAAGUGCCAAAAAAGUAGAUUUUUCUCCGGUUUUCCUAAAUUUUGCAGAAACCCAUAGCCAUAGGAAAUGUUUCAAAUGAAAAAUCGCAAAAUAUGGGUCUUAAAAAAUAGGAAAAGUAGUAGAACCUUCAGCUUGAAGCUGUUUGGAGCUGCAGGAGUAAUAUGCAGGGGCUACGAAGUUCCCAAAAAAAAAUCCUGAAAAAUUUGGAAGAUAAUUUACAGCGGAAUUAAUAGUAAAACGCGCCCAUAAAGUUCUAAAAAUCCUGCAAAAAAGCUCGAAACUUGCAUUUUAUGUUUAAAAAAAACCAGUUUUUACAUUAAAAUGACUUUCAUGUUUCAUUCGAACGCCUAAAAUCCCAAAAUACCUUCGAAUCCUCAAUACACAAGUCUAAUCUUUUUGGUAUGAUAGGGCCUGCUGGAAAACUUUCAGUCGUUUUUUUUAAUGGGUUUUUUUUUCGAAAUUCAAAACUUUUGUCCAAAAUGCGGACACUCCAAAUUUCGAUUAGUUGGAAAGUUUCGAAAAACAAAAAAUUGACGGCCCAAAAUAGGAGAUUCUGUGAUUUUUUCAUUGAAUUUCAUGUCAACCUUUUCAACUUGAAUUUGUGUUCAGGAUUCUAGAAAAUUUUAAAGUUUGAAAAAUAUCAAAAAAUGACUUUGAAAAUUGCCCCAACGCGGUGUUUUUGUUAGUGAAAGAAAAUGUGAAACCAAAAAAAAAGGUGGGCGGAGUCAAAAUAACAGGGCAUAUUAAAGGCGCAAGCCGCCGUAUUGCUAGAGAUCUUUGAAACGAAUCGAAUUUUCUCAAAAACAAAAAAAAUAAUGCGCGAGAGCGCCGCGGUGUUUGCACACGACACACGACACUUUACGGGGAAAAAGUCCCAAAAUCACUAUUUUGAAAGAAUUCCUCCCUUACAUGGACAGAUUUUUUUAGAGGUGGCCGACCCCUCCUCCCAAUAUUUCCUAAAUUAAAAUUGAUACUACCUCCCUGAGACUGAAACUUGUAUUUUUUGGCCAAAAUAAUCUCCCUGAGGUUGAAAAUCAAUUUUAUACCUAUUAUUUUGAGUUACAUCCCUCCUCCCGGGUGGAAUGAGUUCUGUGAUCUGUGAUUUCUGCAAUUCCGAAAUUCAGAUGGCGCGGCGUCCAAGCGAUGAGCCGCCACAAGUACAUCUACGUGAUAGGAUCGGUUCUGAUUGUCGAUUUGCUCUUUCUAUGUCCCUACUCGGGGAUCCAACUCGUCGCCUUCCUCCACAUCAACAAUCUCAUCGAGAUCACCCAUGGAUCGACUUUGAUUCGGUGGUGGCUUCAGGUUAUACAGUACACCUUUAUUGAUGUUACUGUAGUUUAUUUUUUAAAAAUUAUAGAGCUAUUUUUUUAGAGCUUUUUCAUCGUUUACUUGAAACUGCAAAAAGACUUAAAUUUUUAGAGAAAAAGAAAAUUUCAACUUCGCUUCAAAAUAUACUAGAUUGUGUGUACACAAAGUUGUCUACCGAAAUUUUUUUUUUACGGAUUUUAAGUUCUGACCAAUUUUUUACAUUUCUAUGUGAGUUUGAAGCUUUCAUGACAGAGAAAUUAAAAAAUUGAAAAACUGAAUGAAAAGCGAUACUGGAAGAAGCUUAAGUGGGCCCUAAAGGGAGUUUGAAAUUUAGUGGGCCCUAUAGGGAAUUCAUAAAGACCUCCUAAAGGGGACAAAUUUGAGAACCCUUUCUCAAAAAACGGUAACUAAAGCCGGAAAUGUCCCGGACGUUUAUGAGCAAUUCUAGGGGUCACUUAAGAAGUUUAACGCUGCCAAAGUGGUCACUAGAAAUGCCCUGACACGUCCGUCCGAGUUAUCAGUAGAGCAACUUUGUGUUUGUCCUUUUUUGGCGUGAUUUUUGUUCAUUUUCCCUGUUUUUUCCGGAAUUUUUUUAUUUACCGAGUAGUUUUUUCAAAUUAAAUGUGAAGCUCUAACAUAUGAAGGACGGAAUUUGCCGUUUUUAUUGGUCAUUUUCUAUAAAAAAUUUGAUUUUUAAAUCACCAUUAUAUAGUCCAUUCGCCGCGGCUUGACAGUGUCUGCGUCUCUCUGUUCCCUCGCCGGCAAGGUCAGAGAAACGUGAAAAUAGCACGUCAAAAUGAGAGGGUAGGAAGAGAAAAACCGCAGUUUCAAGUAGCGAAAAAUGGAUAUAACGCUGGUUUCAAAUAAAAAUCUCGAAAAUCACUUUUUCGAAAAAAAAAAAAGGAGUUCCAGGUACUGAUCGGAGUCCAUUCGGUCUGCCAACCCCUCUGUUAUUUCCGAAUGACGGAAUUCCGACGCCUCGCCUGCUGCAAUCCGAGACGUCCGUGGAACCGAACCAAAAGCUUCUCCCAGAUGAACAAAAGCUUUGGUUAGCCAGUUUUCCUGUUUCAAAACAUCUUCAUAAUAUUUUGGGAAACCUUAUUUGUAAUGCGUUGCGUCCCAUAAGCCAAAUUAAAAUUUGUAGAUUUGUAAAGUGAAUUUUGUAGAUGGAAUUUGAAACCUAUCGUUUUCAAGUAAUCGUAUUUCAAAGAAAAGGGUAAAGAUCGGAAUUUCAAGAAUGAGACACGAAAAAAAGGCCGCUUUUUUCGAAUUUCCGAAAAAAAAUUGAUAUACUUUGACGAUUUGAAGGGGUUUUUUCAAGGGAAUAAGCACAGGUUCAACUAAUUUUUGCGUUUCGUAAAUCGAAAAAAAAAUUGGAUUCUAUAAACAUUCCAAAAUAGCUUGUCUAAUAAGCCGAAAAUCUCGAAAAAGACGAAAAAAUGGAAAAAAAAUAUACUGAUUUGAAGACUUUUCCACGAAAAAAUGCCAUUUUUUUCAAAUUUUUAGUGAUACUGAUAUCCCUAGGAGCGGCAGAGUGGUUCCUAUAGGGGUUAGGGAAAAAAAUAGCCCAUGUAGAGGACAAAAAAGUGGUCCCUAUAGGGGUAAAAUUCAGUCUUUUUCAAGGAUUUCUCAAGGAAAUAGGUACGGGUUGAACUGAAUUUUCUACUCUGAAAAUUUUUUAAAAGCUUCAAACUUUGCACAAAAUGAAAAAAAAUCGAAUUUCGAAACAACUCAGGUUCAGCGAACACCCGAUCGGCAGUUCGAGAAGAAGAAAACGGCGUCGAGCCCUUCGACCCAAAUUGCCCGCUUCUGAAGGACGGCGAAGUCACCCCGGUAAGUACCUCAUUUUACAUUUUCACUUGAUAAAUUUAAGACCAAAAACUUCCUUAGCAGAAUUAGUGUUUUAGUGUAUGUUUCUAAUAUCGUUCUAGAAAACCGUUCUGAAAUUUUGAAAAGUAUUCCUUUUUCCAACUUCGAUUAAGAUAACCGCAUGUAGAAUAGCUCGAAGCGACGCGGUCGCGUUGCGGUUGAGAUCUGACUGGAAACCAGCAACUUUUUCUAAUAAUGCUUUUCUAUGCCACCACGAACAAGUCGUUUCAAGUCUGGCGCAUUUGGCCCAAGCGGUCUUUCUACGUGCAGCCAUGUUUCCACUCAGGAAAAGCUGCGCUUAAAGAGAUUUUAGUUUUAGAAAUAGGGGUUAGACAGAAAAAGGAAAUUUUACACAGAAAAUGUGGUUUUUGACUUGUUGCAAAGGUGUGAACAAAAUCAAGAAAAAAUAAUAGUGAAAGUCUAUUGGAUGAAACAGUAAAGUCAAAUUAUCAUGAGCCAAUUUUUUUUGGAAGUGAUUAUGCAAUCGGCCGACUUGGUCACACGUAGAAACGCGGUUGGUUUCGGAUAUGAAACUCUGGUGAUUUUCCAUGCUGCGGAAGUCGGUUUAGGUCCGGCACAUUUCAAAGCGACCGCUACGCUUCAAGCCAUUCAACCAUGGGCUUUAAAGUUGGAAAAAAUCUUACAAUUUUGAAAUUUCGCAGCCUGAAGCUGUAGGAAAAAUGAUUAUUACAAAAAAAUCGUAUUUGACCGUGAAAAUCUUUGAACAAAGUUAUUUACCGAAGGGGGUUCCCCUUUACGCAAUUAGAAAAUUCAUUUCCGCCCAUUUGGCAUUGUUCGGAUCGAAGUGAACUUGGAAGAUAAAUUUCAAACUCCUCCAGUGAAACCGUAAACUCAAUUUGUUUUGUGUUUUUUUAUGGGGUAAAAAUAAUCAAUUUGAAGGCGAGAAGCGAAAGAUCGCCAACGCACGCCUGGACACGUGGGGAAUCGAUCCGUUUCCGGACCUACGGCAAUGAUUUCGCGCAGGUUCCUUUUUCAAGCAUCCAUUAAAGUUUCAUUUGUGAAAAAAGUUUCAAGAUUCGCGAAAAAAUCCAAAAAAUCCGAUUUCUCUGCUCCUUUUUUUUCUCUAACCGACACUCUCAUAUUUGCGUGCUCUUUCGAUUUGUUUUCUGUAACCCCGCCGAGAAAAAAAAAUCAUAAAACAUGGAAAAGUCCAAUUUCUUUGCUCUCUCUAACCGACCCUCCAAUCUCACGUGCUAUUUCCAUUAUUUUUUUUUCUACAACGGGCAUUGAAAAGAGAGUGCAGACCGGUCAGACAUUUUUUAUUGAAGACAAAAAAAAUUUUAAUUCCAUUUUACAAAAUUAUAGAGCCGCUAAUCCAAAAUUUAAUGGUUUCGGUGAAACAGUAAAGUUGCAUAUCGCCUACCAAGUUUUGAAAAAGUCUGACUUGUCUGUGCUCUCUUUUCUCUCACCGGCUAGGGCGAAUAAACAAGAAAAUAGCACAUAAACAAGAGAGUGUCGCCGAAAGAGAAGAGAGCGCAGAGAAAUCAGACUUUUUCAAGUUUUUGGCGAUAGAGCGCGUUUACUACGUACUUUUUGGGAUUUUUCGAAAACCUAUUUUUGAAAAUUUUCUUCGUUCAAUAUUUCUUCACGAUACUUGCCAAAAUUAUAAAAAAAUUUAAUUUUUCUGAAAAAAGAUUCAUUUUACAACUUUUUGACCGAUUCUACUAUUAUUCAAAUUUUUUUCAAUUUUCAUCAUUUUUCAAUUCGUUUUUUUGUCACAUUAACGUGCUAUUUUCAUGUUUCUCUGCCCUCGCUGGUGAGGGAACAGAGAGACGCAGACACUCGAAAAGUCGCGCGUAUCAGCCAAAAACUUUUAAAAAACAACCAAUUGACAUUUCCAGCACGCCACUCCGGUCAAGAAAGACUCGACAAUCUCCGAAGUAAUGGAAAUGAGGGUGAUCCCGAACGGGAUCGACGUCGUCGCCCCGGCCAAUGGAACCAUCGAAGCUAAUCAUAUCUGA